AUGCAGACUAAGAAGCGUAACCACAUACCUGUUAGUUUACAACGGGACAGAGCCUGUGGAGCCCUGUAUAAGCAACAUCCAUGGUUUCACGUCCUGUUUCCUGUUCAGUAUAGAGACUCAACACACGAUCGGUUAUGGCGGAAGGGUGACGACAGAAGAAUGCCCGGAAGCUAUAUUCAUCAUGUGUGUACAGAGUAUUACUGGGUUAUGAUACAAGCUUCAUGGUAA